UGAGUGUUACGAACACAGCUAGCUAGCUCUACCAAAAUCCAUGAAUGAGACCCUGAGCAACGUCCAAGAAGAAGAAGAACCCCUCCAGGAUAACCGAGAGCCGUGUUACGGACCUGUAGCUACAACACACGGUCAACACAACAAGGCCAGAUUUGGUGCAGGUGAGGACUCGGAGGAUCUUGUUGUUUCCAUGGCGGGAAACGAGUGAGUGUUACUGGCUAGUGUUUAAGAAAAACAUUGCUAGGUAGCACUAUCAAACAUAUUCCGGAAAAUGAAGCCAUCAAAAAGCAAAAGCUAGAUGAUGAAAAAUCAGGACAGGUGGGAGCCAAAUAGUUACAAAAUCAUCCUGAUUCACUCUGUAACUCAGGAAAUAUAUCUAGCUACACCAUUCUGAUUCAGGAAAAUCAAGCCUCAGGAAAUAAAAACUUACUCCUACCGAAGCAAGCACAGAGAUCAACAACAAAGCCAGUAAUCUCCGGGAUACAAACGUUGUGAGGUAUAAAACAAGGAGAACAUUCCUUUCCCAAACCAUCACUGGUAGUUUUCUCAUGGAGACAAGUUGAUGAACAUAGCUGCUCUCUCUACCAAUCUGAUUCACGAGUAUCAAGCCAACCAAGGAUGCAGAAAUCAACAACAAGACCGCAUAUGCUAGUAAUCUCGGGGAUGUUGACGUCGGAACAAAUAUAAAACAAGGAGAACAUUCCUUGCCUAAACCACCACUGCAGGUUUCUCACGGUGAGAAAUCAACACAAGGAAACGAGUGUUGAAAACAUAGCUAGCAAUACCAAACUGAAUAUGGAAAGUCAAGCCAGAACCAGAAACCGCAACGCUGCUACUCCACUGGAAAAAACGAGGUCUUGCUCACACCCAAGUUUUAAGCUUGACAUGUGAAAAAGCAGAGAACAAGAAGGCAAUGCAUCUAGUUUCACGGAGUUAUAUUUGUACUUCAUAAAUAGAAAACUAAACUAAACCAAUGUGUUCUGUGAUUUGAUGCCGAUCUCAACAGCUCCAGAAUUGCCUGCAUCACAAGGAAGUACACCACAUCUGCUAGAAUUUUCAGGUUGGGUUCUACGCGAUGGAUGGAAAGUCAUUCUCCAGGCUUACAACUGGGAAUCUCACAAACAUGAUUGGUGGAGAAUUGAAUGGAAAAGUUCCCGACAUCGCAAAAUCUGGGUUUGUUUCUGCAUGGUUGCCACCACCAUCUCAGUCUCUUGCACCAGAAGGAUAAAGGGCCGUUAGAACCAGUUUGAUGCUGACUAUGAAUCUCACCAUACAUUUUUAUCUCUGAUCAAACAGCUGUUUGCAGUGGCCGAGCUAGGAAUUCAAUUCACGAGGGUCAAAAUAUAAUUUAAGAUGUCAAUUGUGUUAUUAAUUUUUUUUAUAGGGGUCAAUUCUGCUAUUUUAUCAGGGUCAAUUUGAUUUUUUUCCUAAAAAUUUAACUAAAUUUAAAAUUUCACCAGAGUCAAUUGACCCACGUGCUUCUACCCUAGCUCCGCCCAUGGCUGUUUCACAAGAGAGAUUAUGUAAUAGAGAAAAGCUGUGAAACAGGAGAAGAAGCUUGACCGGAAAUACCGAUUUAGCGUUUUAAGUUUUGCCAUAAAAUUAGAUUUUAUGUUUGCCAUAAAAUUACGAAGCAAUGUAAGUAGGCACAAGAAGCUUGUUAAUAAAUGGGUGGAUUAGAAGAUUUAAAGCUUGUCUCAAUUACAACAUAAUUCAUUAGAAACCAGAACCCAACCGGUGCUCAAACCAAAACGGUAUUUGGGCUCUAAAUGGGCCACCAUGUCAUGUUCUAUGGACUCAAAAACCCUACUCUGCGAUUUAGUCCUCGUCAAAUCUCUCCGGCGAGACGGCCGUCGUCUUUCUCACAUUUUUACCAUUGCCUCCACCUCUCAGUUGAAGAACCCUCGAUUCUGGGUUUUAGGAAUUCUCCUGAUGUCUUGGCUUAUUCAGAAUCGCAUUGGAAACACCUUCUUACGCCUUAAACCCUCGGUUUCUAUGGCUCUUACCUCUACGUUCAUCAAGAAUCUCUCUACAGUUUCGGAGCAGACACUUGAUGAAUCUUCACAGUCUGAGGAGAUAUGGAAUGUAAUUGUAGGUAGAGCAGGUGAUAGAGACAGUGAAGAUGAGGUUUUUAAUCGUCUAUCAAACGAUGAACUCUGUAACAGAAUCAAUCUCUCUGAUGGUUUGGUUCAUAAGCUGCUUCAUAGGUUUAGAGAUGACUGGAGAUCUGCGCUUGGUGUUCUGAGAUGGGCUGAGUCUUGUAAAGGGCACAAACAUUCUAAUGAUUCUUAUGAUAUGGCGGUGGAUAUUCUCGGCAAGGCGAAGAAAUGGGAUCGUAUGAAGGAGUUUGUGGAGAGAAUGAGAGGAGAUAAGCUUGUUACUUUGAACACUGUUGCUAAGAUCAUGAGGAGAUUUGCUGGUGCUGGGGAAUGGGAAGAAGCAGUGGGAAUAUUUGAUAAAUUGGGUGAAUUUGGAUUGGAGAAGAACACAGAAUCGAUGAAUCUGCUGCUCGAUACGCUUUGCAAGGAGAAAAGAGUCGAGCAGGCUCGGGUAGUUUUGCUAGAGCUUAAGUCACACAUUACACCAAAUGCUCAUACCUUUAAUAUCUUCAUUCACGGUUGGUGUAAGGCAAAUAGAGUCGAGGAAGCUCUUUGGACGAUCCAAGAGAUGAAAGGCCAUGGUAUUCAACCUUGUGUUAUUAGCUAUACGACGAUUAUAAGGUGUUAUUGCCAGCAGUCUGAGUUUAUAAAGGUCUAUGAGAUGCUCAGUGAAAUGGAAGCUAAUGGGUCUCCUCCGAAUUCUAUUACUUACACGACUAUUCUGGCUUCUCUUAAUGCACAGAAAGAGUUUGAGGAGGCAUUACGGGUAGCUACAAGGAUGAAAAGAUCCGGUUGUAAACCUGAUGUUCUUUUCUACAACUGUUUGAUUCACACGCUUGCUAGAGCUGGUCGGUUAGAAGAAGCUGAGCGUGUUUUCAGAGUUGAGAUGCCAGAGCUUGGUGUUUCCAUGAAUACAUCUACCUAUAACUCCAUGAUCGCUAUGUACUGCCAUCACGAUGAGGAACACAAGGCGGUUGAGCUUCUCAAGGAAAUGGAGAGUUCCAAGCUUUGUGAUCCGGAUGUUCAUACGUAUCACCCGUUGCUGAGAUCUUGUUUUAAGAGAGGAGAUGUAGUUGAGGUUGGAAAAUUAUUGAAAGAAAUGGUGACUAAACAUCACCUCAGCCUCGAUGAAUCGACUUAUACUUUUCUUAUACAGAGGUUAUGCAGAGCCAAUAUAUGUGAGUGGGCGUAUUGUCUAUUCGAGGAGAUGAUUAGCCAAGAUAUCACGCCGAGGCACCGGACUUGUUUGCUGCUCUUGGAAGAGGUCAAGAAGAAGAAUAUGCAUGAGUCCGCUGAGAGAAUCGAACACAUCAUGAAGACUGUGAAACUCACUGCCCCUGUAAAGUGAGAUUUUUACUAUGGCUGGACCUGUAAUUUCUUGCGGCAUCUUACCUGCUUAUUGCGGUAUGGUUAAGAGAGAAGGUAGACAAUUUGUGGUACUGUUGAAUAGGGGGAGAUUGUAGAUUGUGAAAAUUUGGGCACUUCAGGCUUUAGAAAGAAGACAAGACCAGAUCAUGCGUAAAAAUGUUCCUUGUGUUCUCCAUUCAACCACAUUGUAGUGUAGAUUUAUAAGUACAUUGGUCAUUGGUAAGAGAAAACUUCUAUUUCAAAUACAAGAAUUGUUAAGGUUUGCAACU